AUGCGAGCGUGGGUCCUACUCUCCGCGGUGCUCUGGCACCUCACUGGAGUUGGAUGGCAGCGUUCUUCUGAACGUACCGGGAAAGGCCUCAUUUAUGGCAAGCCCGGACACCCAGUGAAAAUAUAUGUAAAAUUACAUCACAGUAGCCCAAUCCUUGCCUGUAUGGAUUUUAAACGUGCUAAAAAAGAAACAGUGGACCCCACCUACUUAUGGAUUGGGCCUAAUGAAAAGCCAUUAACAGUAAAGCAGAGAUAUGUAAAGCAGAGAUAUGACUUUAUGAUCUUUGCCUAUCGGGAACCUGAUUAUUCAUAUCAGAUGGCUGUACGUUUUACCACAACGUCUUGUGAAGGAAGAUACAAUGACCUGCUUUUUAGAGUGCUGAAGAAAAUCUUGGAUAAUUUAAUCUCUGAUUUAUCAUGCCAUGUCGUAGAACCAUCAUAUAAAUGCCAUUUUGUUAAAAUUCCCAAACAUGGCCUCAUGCAUGAGCUAUUUAUAGCCUUUCAAGUUAAUCCUUUUGCACCAGGGUGGAAAGGUGCAUGCAAUGAUUCUGCUGACUGUGAAGAUAUCACUAAUCAUAAUAUCCUCCAGGCAAGAAAUCGGAUAGAAGAAUUUUUCCGGAGCCAAGCAUAUAUUUACUACCAUGACUUUAAUAAAACUAUACCAGCUAUGCAUUUUGUGGACCACAGUUUUCAAGUAAUACGUAUGGAUAGCUGUCGUCCAGGCUUUGGAAAAAAUGAAGGUCUACACAGUAAUUGCGCUAGCUGUUGCGUGGUUUGUAGUCCUGGGACUUUUAGUCCUGAUGUUGAUGUUACUUGUCAGAGCUGCAUUUCCGUCCGUAUUUAUGGAGCUAAAUCUUGCACAUAAACUUCAAACAAAAAUCAUAUUAUGAAGACUAGAGUGUGA